GUGCCUUUAUCUAUCAAAAUUAUAGAAAUGGCCCGACGAAAUAAGUGUAAACCCCGUCUAAUACCCCAACAAGAUAAAAGAAUUUGUGGUUGUAUUUGUUUCUGUCAGUUAGUGGUUGUUUUCAGUUGUGUGUCUCUUAUAUAUCUAACUGUGGCGAUAUAUAUCCCAUCAUAUAGAGCUUUUAAGUCAAACUUUGAGGAGAGACCGGUAAUGUGCCAAACAAUAAAUACAAGUUUGCUCAAUAAUUGUAGUUGGGCUUCGUGUGGCGAAUGGUGUCUUACAAAGGCCUCAGGAUUUUGUCCUCAAAUCCAUGCAACAACCAGACAAAAUGGCACUAGGGUGGAAUUCAGAAAUUGCACUUCUUUUCAUACAUCGUUUUGUCCACCGGUUAACACAAAUACUCUUAGAAAACACAACUGUAACAACGGAACAGAAUGUAGUCAGCUUCGAGGUGUAUUCAAUUGUUCCUUAGGACAUUGCAUGAACAUUUCUCAAAUAUACGAUUGCCAUUAUAAAGCUGAUGGUUUUAUAGUCGACAGCGACAAAGAUAACAUGAAAUUAAAUGGAUUUUUUGAAUGCAAAGGCUCCAAAUGCACUAAAAUUAAAAAAGCUUUUAAUUGUGACAGAAUAUGUAAAGACAAUAUUACGUCUAUUUCAAAAAAUGUUUUCAUUAUAUCUGAUAACAGUGUACAUCAAGCGUACUGCGAUUCGGCGUUUGCUUCUACCAAAGCCAAUGGAAACGAAGAAGGUUUUGAAAUAGAACCGACACUUUUUUGGACCAAAAAGAAAAAGGAAAUUUUCAUGGUUUCAUGUCAUAUUGUAAAUUAUGAUGCCACUAAUGUUACUAUAGAGGCUACAGACUGCAUUAAUGGAACUUUGUAUAAUUCUACCUCAAUUCCUUCUCCGUAUGUGACAUUUAGACAAUUUUGGAAUUUGACGGAAAAAUUUAGAGAAGUUUUGGAUCCAUCGAAUGCAUUUGUACCAACUCAAUCAGUUUUGACAAUUUACAAUACGUCACGCUUACUAAUUAAUUUGGAUGCAUGUGUAAAUACUUUAAAAGGUGAAUGCUUAGAAUUUCUUCAGACUCAUGGCAGAGAUGGAAGGAAUCAAACGGCUCAAUCGAGGUAUCCAUGCUAUUAUAAUAAAAAUAGCUCGUUUUCUGUAAUAGCAAGGUACAACCUGAAGAAAACACGAAGAGAUUUGAUUAUUGCAAUAAGUAUUCCAUCUGUCCUUUUUGUUGUGUCAUUUAUUGCUCUAUGUACCAUAAUGCAAUCAGUUCGUGUUGACGAUGAUACCAAAAUGCGUUGCAAAUAUUGUUUUGGGAAAUAUAAUUCUGACAUAACUGAAAUGAUAACAUCUAAUAGUAAAUAUGAAGUGUCAUCUCCAGAGUCAGAUGGACCAUUUAGAAGAACCUGA